AUGAAAACCUACUCCUUUGAAGAUCAUGCGUUCCAGCCCACACGGCGGAGCUACCUCUGUGUGCUCUACGCGUUGUUGAUUCAGCUUGGCUCGAUUAACACAUCCUCAAUCCAACCAUCCGAACCGUCGAUAUUAGACGAGCCACAAAUUUUACCACUUCAAAGCACCAAGGCAGAAGAUAGAUGGCGAAUGCCUGCAAAUUUUACGUUGGAUGAUCUACGACCAAUCAUACCCGUAAACUCGUCUUCAAUGCUUCGAGAAAACUUCCUGGUCGUCUCUCGCAAUACUGAGGUCCCCGAACGGCUUUUCAUUCCAGAAGAGUUUGAAUUCUUUAGUCAUAUACAACUUCCCGGUAUCUACGGGGGGACUACUUUUGGAGAGAAAAAUUUCAAACCACUCGAUGGCUUUCACGCCCACGUAAUGAUCCAAGAAGAUGGAAUGGUCGGAUUUUAUACUCAAAAUCCACAAUCGAAUCAACAUGGAUCAUUAAGCUGUGCGAAACUCAACAAAUUUGACUGUGAUUCAAGCGAUGCCAAGGUCUUCAGCGGUGAAUCUCGGAGGCUUAGUCGAGGAAUUUGGACUACGAUUAGGCAAGACGUAUGGUUAGAUGACUCGGAAAACUCGAUUGGAGGUUUCAACCUUUGGAUCAAUGAUAAUUUCUUAUCUGGCCAAUCGAACAUUUCUUCCGGUCAUUUAGUUUCAAUCGGGGACACUGAUUUGACCCAAGCUACGCACAUCAAAGACGAGCAAUACGGUAGAUCUGUUAUCGAAAACGUCGUAGAGGAACAAGUGUCUCCUCCCAGUGAGCAACGGACAAUGGACAGCGGUAAAUUUACACCAGUAGUUCGAGAUGACCGGUCGGAUCGCGAACCAUUACAGGCGAUUGAAAAUAGCAGAAGCCUCGAAGCAAACACCCGGAAAUCCUCUGCAAGCAAUUCUCAAAUCCUGCAAGGGCAAGAAACAACAAUCAAACAAAAUUUGACCCAGCAAAUAGCCCGACUCAACCUCACCGGUAUAAUUGCUGAUUCCCACAACUCAAGCCGGGUAAAUGAGACCAAAAAUAGCACCAAUGAAAUUACCGUCGACCAUCGAUACUUUGGAGCUUUCCCAGCCCUAGGGAUCCCGGCAUUGGCCGAAUUAGCGAAGAAAAAUGCUGCAAAAGUUGUGCCGACGACGCCAACCUCGACAGUCAUUCAACCAUUCUCGGAUCCUGACACUGAUGACGAUGAAAAUGAAAAUGAAGGUGACAGCAGCGCAAGCAGUACAGGUGCUGUGACUUCAAGUCCGAACUCUGAGGCUAAACUUAACCCUCUUAACCCUCUCCUCGGCGCUCUGGGCUCAAUCUUACUUGAGCAGGAAGCUGGCCCUCUUCAGUCCAAUAAACCCGACCAUCUUCAACCACUACAUUUCUCUGGCUUCUAUGCUAAUCAUCAUCUCUCCUCCGCUCCUCAACUUGAUCCUCAAAAUUCCAAUUCUGAUGUGCUGAUAUUUUUCUACGAUUUUCAAAUUAUAAUUCAGCCCAUCUUGAAUCGUCUUUCGUGA